CCUCUCACUCUGCCUGUCCGUCACACGUUGUGUACACUGGUACGGCGGGAGGCCUGACCCCCCAUGAACCGGCGACUUCCUCUUUUUCAGAUUUCAUGGCGAUCGGGAGAGAGGGAAGACCACCGAAGCACGCACACUGUCUCAAUCCAACCGAAAUACAAUUAUUUAGUGAGAUCUAAGCAGACAGACACUGAACGGAUUCUCCUGCUGGUGUUGCUCAGUGGGCAGUCGUGGUUUCUAGUGCUGGUGUUCUGUUGAAGGGGCUCCUUAGCGCUCUGUGCUGUUGUCUUGCUGUGUCCUGGAUUAGGACUGCCAGCCUAUGGCUCUAAUGGACAAACACAAAGUAAAGCGACAAAGACUUGACCGCAUUUGUGAGGGCAUCCGCCCACCUAUCCUGAACGGGCCCAUGCACCCUCGGCCCCUGGUGGCCCUGCUGGACGGGCGUGACUGCACCAUAGAGAUGCCCAUCCUCAAGGACGUGGCCACUGUGGCCUUCUGUGAUGCCCAGUCCACCCAGGAGAUACACGAGAAGGUGCUGAACGAGGCAGUGGGGGCUCUGCUCUACCACACCAUCACUCUCUCCAGAGACGACCUGGAUAAGUUCAAAGGCCUCCGAGUCAUUGUCAGGAUCGGCAGUGGCUUCGACAACGUCGACAUCAAAGCUGCAGCUGAGCUGGGCAUCGCAGUGUGUAACGUGCCAGCGUGCUCGGUGGAGGAGACGGCCGACACGUCCAUGUGUCUGAUCCUGAACCUGUACCGCCGCGUCACCUGGAUGCAUCAGGCCCUGAGGGAGGGCACCAGGGCCUCCAGCGUGGAGCAGAUCAGGGAGGUGGCCGGGGGAGCCGCCCGCAUCCGGGGGGAGACGCUGGGCAUCAUCGGCCUGGGUCGUGUGGGCCAGGCGGUGGCUCUGCGGGCCAAGGCGUUUGGUUUCGGGGUGAUCUUCUACGACCCCUACCUGCCUGACGGAGUGGAGCGCUCCCUGGGCCUGCAGAGGAUGGCUACGCUCCAGGACCUGCUCAUCCACUCUGACUGUGUCUCUCUACACUGCAGCCUCAACGAACACAACCACCACCUCAUCAACGACUUCACCAUCAAACAGAUGCGCCAGGGAGCGUUCCUGGUGAACUCUGCGCGGGGAGGCCUGGUGGAUGAGAAGGCUCUGGCUCAGGCCCUGAAGGAAGGACGGAUACGAGGAGCCGCACUAGACGUCCACGAGACAGAGCCCUUCAGUUUCUCCCAGGGCCCUCUGAAGGAUGCUCCCAACCUCAUCUGUACCCCCCACACGUCCUGGUACAGUGAGCAGGCCUCCAUCGAGGCCAGAGAGGAGGCUGCCAGGGAGGUGCGCCGUGCCAUCACUGGGCGUAUCCCAGACAGUCUGAAGAACUGUGUGAAUAAGGAAUAUCUGAUGGCAGCGUCCCAGUGGCCCAGUAUGGAGGCUGCAACAGUCCACCCUGAACUCAACGGAGGCGGUGCAUACAGGUUUCCUGUGGGUCUGAUCAGCGUAGCAGCAGGGGUUCUGACGGGGGCGGGAGCAGGGGUAGAGGCCCUGGCUCACGCCAUCGCCCCUGUGUCCCAUCCCCCCCACACCUCAUCGCCAGGGCAACUCAGCAAGGCAGAGGCAGACAGAGACAUCCCCUCUGACCAAUAGCACCCCAACAUUCCUCCGUCACCCCUGGAAACCAACAACCCCACCCUCUCCUCCCACCAUCAUCAUCACCACCAACCCUCCUCUCCGACCUCAGGCAGAUUGACACUGGGGUUCCGGUUUGAUCCGGUUCGAUCUGGAUCUGUUCAAGCGCCGGUCCUUCAGAACACAGUACCAGCCCAGGAGUGACCUGCCGUCCACAAAAUCCCCCCCCUCCGUAACCCUUCCUCGGACCCACUCAACCCCCCAUGGGA